GAACGGUACAAGCCUACAAGGUGACGGAAGCCUCCUAGUGUGAGUAGGAAUUAAAAGGCGGCCUCUUUUAUUAAUUAUCACCACUAACCACUAAGGACCCUUCAACGAGCCUUCAGGCUUCAGCCGCUUCAGUCUUCUCUCACCUGCUCGGCUAUUAGUCUGGUCAAUCUUCUCUCCUAUUAUAUGCCCAUAUGCCGAGCUCCUUCUUCCCUCUUUCCUCACUUCCUCUCUCUUGACUUUCUUUCUUCCUUUAUAUAAACUUCAUAGCCACAUAACGAAUUUUAGUCUCAGACAGAAACGGAGAUCAGAAGCCGCGAGGCAAAAUGGAAGUGAUAAUACCGGCACCGGCAGCCAUGGAUUUCAACUUCGACAGCGCCUGUUCGACGCCUUACAUUAGUGCUCCUUCCAGUCCCAAACGUUUUGGGGAGUUCUACUUCAGCGCUCCCACUAGCCCUUCUCGUGCCUCUGCCUUCUACCGUGAAUUUAAUGACUUUUCUUCAUCUGUAAUCCCAUUUGAAUGGGAAGAGAAGCCCGGGACGCCCAAAUCCAAGGCCAGCAGCAAAAACAAUGACGAUGAGGACGAUGAUUUCGCCUUCGAUUUCAGUGGGCAUCACGAGAGAAACUCUCUCUCCGCCGAGGAUCUCUUCGACGGCGGCGUAAUCCGACCUCUGAAGCCCCCUCCUCGUCUCCAGCUCGGUGAUGAGGCCUCAACUUGGAAAAGCCCUGUUACGUCGCCGAGGUCACCCAAAUCACCCAUCGCCCAAGGGAAGAAGAUGAUCCGUGAAGCGUUCUCACCGCGACAGAAGAAGGAUUUCGACCCAUUUGCGGCUGCAAUCGAAGAAGCUCGUAAAGGUUUAGAUCGCAAUCGAGGCAGAGAACGAGUACCCGUUUCAUUAUCUAAUUCAGGGCGUAAAGGGACCAGAUCUGUUUCGCCUUUGAGGGUUUCAGAAUUCGCGUUGGAAGAACAACUGCAACAGCAAGAGAACAUGAAAUCGACUCCAUCAAUUUCGAAACAAUCUUCGUCUUCUUCAACUUCAUCUGUCAAGGGCUCUAGGAAAUGGAGACUGAAGGAUCUACUCUUGUUUCGAAGCGCAUCAGAAGGUCGAGCUUCGGAGAAGGAUCCAUUGAGGAAAUACGCAGCUUUACCGAAGCAGCAGCAGCAGGAAGACGUGAAGAACUCUAGCUUCCGGUCGACGGACAGCACCGGCUCAGUGUCUGGUUCGACCUCGAGGAGGAGAGGACCGGUAUCGACUCACGGGUUGCAUUACAAGGCGAACCGGGCGGCUGCAGAGGACAUGAGGAGGAAGACCUUCUUGCCGUACAAGCAAGGGCUAUUGGGUUGCUUAGGGUUCAAUCCAACCGUUCAUGGGCUGACCAGGGCCUUUGGAUGAGGCUGAUAUGACCUUUAGGUCAUCUGUUUGUUGUUUAAAAUGUGCAGCUUUACUUGGGACAUUUUAGUAAUUUUAUUUGGUUUGUUAAAGAAAAAUUCUUCCCUGAACUAAACAAGCCAAGAGUGAAGGGGGGUAAUUUGUAAUUGUUUCUGUUUUCUUAACCUUCUAAUCUUUUUAUUAAGAAUAUAAUGUAAUCAAAUUUAUAUAUAUUGAAAACCAGUUUAUUUGA